GGAAUUGGGAGAGUCUUGAGCGGUGCAAGACACACCAGACGCACACCUGUCCUCCACCCUACGGUGAAUUCGUCAAAGACGUUAUCCAAGAUGGAUAUUGCUGAAAUUCGUUCGGUAAAGUCUUCCUUAGAGAAGUCUAUUCAAGACAAAAACAUUGAGGCAAUUCUCAGAAUUAUGGGCACUUUGAAAGCCAGAGUCGUUGCUACAGAGGAAUUGCUUAAGGAAACUCGUUUGGGUUUGGUUGUUGGUAAACUUCGUUCUCAUUCAAACGAAAAAGUCAGUGAGCAGGCUCGGGAAAUUGUGAAGAAGUGGAAGGCAGACGUUACCCACAAGCGUCCUUCGAAGACCUCGCAAUCGACUUCCUCCUCCUCUGCUUCUGUAGCUGUUCAGAAGACUUCAUCGGCAGCUGUGUCCCAACUUACAAAGAAAGCUGAAUCAAAUGCUCAGCGUACAUUUAAAACUGAUAAUGUCUCCAUUAAUGUCACUGAUGACAGAAUUAGAAACAAUUGCAUUGGCUUACUAUACAAUGCGCUUGCCAUGGAUACAGACGAACCUUCAUCGGUUCUGUUGAAAACGGCCUCGGCCAUUGAUGUGCAAGUACUUUCCAUGUCUAUGGGAAAAACAGACUCUGCUUACCGUAACAAAAUGCGUUCCUUGUACAUGAAUUUGAAGGACAAGCAAAAUCCUCAAUUGCGGAAAAGGGUUAUCUCAGGCGCAAUUUCUCCGAAACGUCUGAGUGAAAUGUCGUCCGCGGAGCUUGCUUCUGAAGAUCGUCGCAAGGAGGAUGCAAAACUUGAGCAGGAGAACUUGUUCCAUGCCCAAGGCGCCAAACCCCAAAAAGCCAUCACCGAUCUGUUUACAUGUGGCAAAUGCAAGCAGAAAAAGGUUUCAUACUUCCAAAUGCAAACUAGAUCGGCAGAUGAACCUAUGACUACGUUCUGUGAAUGUACAGUUUGCGGUAAUCGUUGGAAGUUUUCGUAAAUCUCGAUACUUUCCAAACCUCGUCUUGCAGAUGGGUACUUUCCCUUGUUUGGUUUUGAAUAUGAUAUAGUGCAAACUUCUGUAUGCGUCUCUUGCCUAAACCUUUUACUUUUGAGAACUCAUAACAGUAACUGCAAACGAGUAUUAUACCAUCUUUUUUCUACUUGUUGCUUAUGUGUUCCACCAUGUUCGCCUUAUGUCUAGAGCAUAUAGCCUGUCAGUUGUUACUGAACUUGCAUUGCUCAAUUGACGUUGUAUGGAGAACACGAGCAAAAUGUGAUCCUUCCAAAAGCUUAGUAAUUUGAUUGAAAAGGCGUUGAUUUUGUAGUUGCGUUCAUAAUCGGUGUGAUAUAUGAAAGUCCAUUUAUUGUUUUAAACGUUCCUUGGUUUAAGAACCUUAUUCUUGUGCAUUUUGUAAACUAAUGUGUAUGCUACGUU